UGUUUAGACACUGACACUGUUUACACCAGUCGCAGAAAAAUUUAAACAGGUUAAAAUGAUAUUAGUGUUGACAUUAUAAUGAAGUCAUAAUACGAAAACAUCCAAAUUUCAGUAUUUGGAAAUUUUUAUUUAAUGUAAAUGAAUGCACUCGGCUGUGUGUUUGCUUCUCUUUCUGCUGUAGGAGAGUCACGUUAGUGCACUUCUGAAAGUGAAAGAAAAACUACUGACGGAGAAGGGAAGGGAGCUGUAACGUUUAGCUGUAAGCUGCUCGAAUCUUGGGAAGAGUUCACUUACAUUCAAGAGGAACUAUGAACCAAGCAGCUGAUGCAUGCUGAAAGAGCCACCAGAGUCUCCGUGGCAGUCCUGGGAUUUGAAAUCAUCUCCUGAUCACUAGCUCAUGAUGGCUGGCCCGGCUUUAGGCUCCGCAUGGCGUGCAUACGGAGCUCUCCUUUUCCUCGACCUGAUCCUCUGGCUCUCCCUGUUGACCGCACUUCUGUGCUCUCAAGGGGCUUUGCUCGUCAACCUGACGUGGCUGUGGGCUUUCAGGGCUUUCAGCUGGAUUCUGCUUCACACAGUCAGUUCAGCCAGCCUGGACAAGACCAUACACAAUCUUCUGAAGCCCUGGGUAGCGUUACUGUGUUUUGCACCUCCUGUGUAUGAUAUGGUGCAAACACUAGUUCUAGGAGGGAGGUGCGUCUUUAGUCCUGUGCCUGUGCCCUCCAUGGUGGUUUUAACUGCAGUGAUUGGCACUCUGGUCCAUCUGAUGUGGGACAAGGCAUUCCCUAGUAAAAAGGUGAAGAAAGAGCAAGAAGCCAAGGUCCUCCUGAUGAGAGUGAUUCACUACUCAAAACCAGACUACCUUCACCUCGGGGCGGCGUUUUUCUUUCUCAUCUUGGCUGCGUUAUUUGAGUCGAGUAUUCCGUACUACGUGGGGAAAAUCAUUGAUGGUUUGAGUGGAGAAUACAAGCACGACAACUUCUUGUGGGCCAUUGCAUGCAUGUCAUUUUAUUCUUUUGGAAGUUCUAUGUUCACUGGCUUGAGAGGAGGCAUGUUCAUGUGUAGCCUGAACAGACUAAACAAGAGAAUUCGGCACAUGCUGUUUCAGAACCUGAUCAAACAGGACAUUUGCUUCUUUGAAGAAAAUAAGCCAGGAAGCUUGACAUCGCGGUUGGUUUCAGACACUGAUAAAAUGGGCCGCUCUAUCGCCAUGAAUUCGAACGUGCUUCUGAGGAGUCUGGUUAAGACGUGUAGCAUGCUUGUGCAGAUGCUCAGCCUGUCCUGGCAGCUCACACUCCUUACCUGUGUGGAGAUGCCUCUUCUUGCUGUGCUACAGAACCAUUACAGCAUUCACUACCAGAAAACAUCGAGGGAACUGCAGGACUGCAUGGCUGAAAUUGAGCAGUUGGCAUCUUCUGCUAUCAGGUCUAUAAAGACGGUGCGGAGCUUCAGGGCUGAGGCUCAGGAGCUGAAGAGGUACCAGGAGGCUCUGGACAGGAAGCUUAAGAUACUGAAACGCAAGGGCAUUUUCAGUGCAGUCCACCUCCUUCUGCGUAGAUGUCUAACGGUGAGCUUGAGGGUGGCUAUGCUGCUUCUUGGUCGGCGCCUCAUCAUCUCGGGUCAGCUAAGCAGUGGGAGCCUCCUAGCUUUUGUGCUGUAUCAAAAAGACAUGUUGACCAACAUGAGGCAACUGGUGUAUGUCUAUGGAGACAUUCUGAACACAGUGUGGUCAGCAGAGAAGGUGUUUAAGCUGCUAGACAGAAAACCGAACAUGCGAGAAGCAGGCGAGUGGAUACCUGAGAAACUGGAAGGAAGAAUUACCUUUGAUAACGUCACCCUCUCUUACCCAUCCCGUCCUGAAUGGAAAGCACUUAAGUCUGUGAAUAUAGAGCUGAGUCCAGGGAAGAUGACAGCAUUGGUUGGCCCCUCUGGUGGAGGUAAAACCUCUUGCGUCAGUCUGCUGCAGAGGUUUUAUGAGCCUCAGCAGGGCCAUGUGCUACUGGACGGCGCACCACUUAAUGAGUACCAACACCAGUACCUGUGCAGCCAGAUGGCAGCUGUGUCUCAGAACCCAGUGCUGUUCUCUGGCUCUGUGAAAUACAACAUUGCAUAUGGCCUACGUGACUGCACCAUAGAGAGGGUGGAGGAGGCAGCGAAGAAAGCCAACGCGCAUGACUUUAUAUGCAGAUUGGACAAAGGCUAUGAUACAGAUGUUGGAGAGUCUGGUGGGCAGCUGUCCUCAGGACAGAAGCAGUGUAUUGCUAUAGCUCGAGUGUUGAUCAGAAAUCCAAAAAUCCUCAUUUUGGAUGAAGCUACCAGCAACUUGGACAUCAACACUCAGCAUGUGGUUCAGGAAGUCCUCUCUGGCUCAAAGGGUCAGACAAUGCUGGUGGUCGCUCAUCGUCUGCAGACUAUCGAGAGAGCCGAUCACAUCAUCUACAUGGAAGACGGGAUGGUCGUGGAGCAAGGAACGCACGAGCAGCUUAUGGACAAAGGAGGACGAUAUUUCCAUCUUAGGGAAAAACUGUUUGCAGUGGAUUCAGACCGAGACUGAGCAGAUUCAUUACCAUUAAGUAUGAAUUUGCAAGCAUCAACUAUAAGUGGAAGUAAUAAGAUCAAUUUAAAACAAUUAUUUCAUAAUUUGUAUUAUACUAGUGGAUAAAUCAAAUAACCCAGCUGCCCAGGAAAAUUGUGGAUUAUGUGUCUGGUUAUGAGUUUCUAUUUUCCGGCCAUCAAAUUCCUCAUUUGGCUGUUGCUAUAACAGUCACCAGCAAUUAUCAUACCCAUUCAUGAACCAAAGAAAAGUCCCUACAUAGCUUUAUAUAUAUACACACAUUAUAUAUAUAUUAUAUAUAGGGGUGGCUGUGGGUCAGUUGGUAGAGUGGGCUGUCCACUAAUCGUAGGGUUGGCGGUCUGAUUCCCAGCAAGCAUGACUUCACAUGCCGAAGUGUCUUUGGGCAAGACACUGAACCCCAAGUUAGCACCUUGCAUGGCAGCUCUGCUACCAUUGGUGUGUGAGGGUGCGUGUGAGUGUGACACAUACAUACAUAUAUACACACACACACACACACACACCCAUACACAUGUGUGUGUGUGUAUGUAUGUAUGUAUGGCAUAAGUUUAAUGCAUGAACUUUCUGCAGCAUUAUAGUUAGCCUGCUAUGACAGUAACAGUUUUCUGAGGGAAAUGAUUCUAGGCUCAUAUUUCAGAAAGAUCGACAUUGGUUUGAAUAAUGGAAGUAAACUAAAUCUUUAUGGAUUAUACAUUGAAACCCAAGGUUUAAAUGUGUAAGAAGAGUAAUAAUAAAUGUGUGAGAACAAAAAUAAAAACUAUUCAAAAUCAUUAUGUAUAAUAAUAAUAAUAAUAAUAAUAAUAAUAAUAAUAAUAAUAAUGUAGUACAAGACAUCACUUUAUUUUGUUUAAAAAAAAAAAAGGGCAGUGGUCAAGUUGAGAUAAAAAUAGUCAUAGACUGUAUAAAGCCACAUUAAAAAUUUUAUAAAUAUAAUUUUUUUUUCCAAAAUUUGAAACCCAUGUAUAUAUUUGCUUAUGUACAUUGUUCCCUAGAAUAAACAAACAUGAUUAUA